AUGGAUGUUGAUUCCUCGAUGGUUCAAGCGGCCGAUCACGAUCCUGUUGUGCAGAAGCAGACUAUUUCUGCUCCGGCGCUGGUUGUAGUAAAAGAAGAGCAGCUUCCGGAACCGCCGUCGUCUGGCGGCGGAUCUCCGGCAGAGAUGCAGCAACAGCAGCAGCAAGGGGCUAAUGAUGUGCAGCAGAGUCCGGUGGUUGGGCCGAGGCUAGCGCCGAAUUAUACUGUGGUGGAUGCAAUUCUAGAGAAGAAAGAGGACGGACCGGGGCCGAGGUGUGGACACACGUUGACGGCGGUGGCAGCUGUUGGAGAGGAGGGGACGCCUGGGUAUAUUGGUCCGAGGCUGAUUUUGUUUGGUGGUGCUACUGCCCUUGAAGGAAAUUCUGCGGCUUCAGGGACUCCUUCGUCAGCUGGAAAUGCUGGAAUACGUUUAGCUGGUGCUACAGCUGAUGUCCACUGUUAUGAUGUCUUGACUAAUAAAUGGUCUAGGCUAACUCCCUUUGGAGAACCUCCAACUCCAAGGGCUGCCCAUGUGGCAACUGCCGUGGGAACCAUGGUGGUAAUUCAGGGUGGCAUUGGUCCUGCUGGUUUGUCGGCAGAAGACCUUCAUGUUCUUGAUCUCACUCAGCAAUGGCCCCGAUGGCAUAGAGUGUCUGUUCAAGGCCCCGGACCAGGAUCUCGUUAUGGACAUGUAAUGGCUUUGGUGGGCCAGAGGUAUCUUAUGGCAAUUGGAGGCAAUGAUGGAAAGAGACCUUUGGCUGAUGUAUGGGCCUUGGACACAGCUGCCAAGCCAUAUGAAUGGCGCAAGUUAGAGCCAGAAGGAGAGGGCCCACCUCCAUGCAUGUAUGCAACUGCCAGUGCACGCUCUGAUGGGCUUCUUCUGCUUUGUGGAGGAAGGGAUGCCAAUAGUGUUCCCUUGGCUAGUGCAUAUGGACUUGCUAAGCAUAGAGAUGGUCGUUGGGAAUGGGCAAUUGCUCCUGGUGUCUCACCAUCUCCAAGAUAUCAGCAUGCAGCGGUAUUUGUUAAUGCAAGGCUGCAUGUGUCUGGUGGGGCUCUAGGUGGAGGACGGAUGGUUGAAGAUUCAUCAAGUGUUGCAGUAUUGGACACUGCUGCUGGUGUUUGGUGCGAUACAAAAUCUGUUGUUACCACUCCAAGAACUGGUAGAUACAGUGCUGAUGCAGCUGGUGGAGACGCAGCCGUUGAGUUGACUCGACGUUGUAGGCAUGCUGCUGCUGCUGUUGGUGACCUGAUUUUUAUUUACGGUGGUUUAAGAGGGGGAGUCUUGCUAGAUGACCUACUUGUUGCUGAAGAUCUUGCUGCUGCUGAAACAACAUCUGCUGCUUCACAUGCUGCUGCAGCAGCUGCAUCUAAUGUACAAGCAGGACGCUUGCCUGGACGAUAUGGAUUUGAUGAUAGGCCCAGGCAAACAAUGACUGAAAUGGCUGCUGAUGGUUCUGUUGUAUUAGGAAAUCCAGUUGCACCCCCAAUGAAUGGUGACAUUUAUACUGACAUCAGCACUGAAAAUGCUAUACUUCAGGGAUCUCGUAGAACUGCCAAAGGAGUUGAGUAUCUGGUUGAAGCAUCUGCUGCAGAAGCCGAAGCUAUUAGUGCUGCUCUGGCUGCUGCCAAGGCACGACAAGAAAAUGGAGAAGUGGAAUUACCUGACAGAGACCGUGGGGCUGAGGCUACCCCAAGUGGGAAACACACAUCUUCCCUGAUUAAGCCUGAUUCUGUAGGUUCAAAUAACAAUGUUUCUGGUGGAGUUCGGCUGCAUCAUAGAGCUGUAGUUGUUGCUGCAGAGACUGGUGGAGCAUUAGGUGGCAUGGUUAGACAGCUUUCAAUUGAUCAAUUUGAAAAUGAAGGCAGGCGGGUCAGUUAUGGCACUCCAGAAAAUGCAACUGCUGCUAGAAAGUUAUUAGAUCGGCAGAUGUCCAUCAAUAGUGUCCCAAAAAAGGUCAUAGCACACCUCUUAAAGCCUCGUGGAUGGAAACCACCAGUGCGCCGGCAAUUUUUCUUAGAUUGUAAUGAAAUUGCUGAUCUUUGUGAUAGUGCUGAGCGGAUAUUUUCAAGUGAACCAAGUGUCUUACAACUAAGUGCACCAAUUAAAAUAUUUGGUGAUUUGCAUGGGCAGUUUGGGGAUCUCAUGCGCCUUUUUGACGAGUAUGGCGCACCAUCGACUGCUGGUGACAUUGCAUAUAUCGAUUAUCUAUUCCUAGGAGAUUAUGUUGAUCGAGGACAGCACAGCUUGGAAACUAUAACCCUUCUUCUUGCCCUGAAGGUUGAAUAUCCCAACAAUGUACAUUUAAUACGUGGAAACCAUGAGGCUGCAGAUAUUAAUGCCCUUUUUGGUUUUCGAAUUGAGUGCAUCGAGAGGAUGGGCGAGAGAGACGGAAUUUGGACGUGGCAUCGGAUUAACCGGCUAUUUAAUUGGCUUCCUUUAGCUGCUUUAAUUGAGAAGAAGAUUAUUUGCAUGCAUGGAGGUAUUGGUCGUUCAAUAAAUCAUGUAGAACAAAUUGAGAAUAUUCAGCGACCAAUUCCAAUGGAAGCGGGGUCAAUUGUGCUUAUGGAUCUGUUAUGGUCUGAUCCUACAGAGAAUGACAGUGUGGAAGGACUGCGGCCAAAUGCUAGAGGUCCUGGACUAGUUACUUUUGGGCCUGAUCGAGUGAUGGAAUUUUGCAACAACAAUGAUCUUCAACUAAUUGUCCGAGCACAUGAAUGCGUGAUGGAUGGGUUUGAGCGUUUUGCCCAGGGACAUCUGAUCACACUUUUCUCUGCUACAAAUUAUUGUGGUACUGCAAAUAAUGCAGGAGCAAUAUUAGUUUUGGGUAGAGACCUUGUUGUGGUUCCUAAACUGAUUCAUCCAUUACCACCCGCAAUAACUUCACCAGAAACGUCACCAGAACGGCAUAUUGAAGAUACAUGGAUGCAGGAGUUGAAUGCCAACAGACCACCAACACCAACUAGAGGCCGUCCCCCAGUUACCAAUGACCGAGGUUCACUUGCUUGGAUAUAG